AGCGCAGAACGAUAAUGAUUGGACAAUACGGGUGUGUCGUUAUUGAUCAACAGCUUGACCACCCGAGGACAGUUAUGCGAAGAAAAAAACUUUUCUAAAGUACUUAUUGGACUUUUGGCAGCUCAUCAGAUCUCGUAAAGCAACAUAACUUCCGCGGGAGAGAAGUUUAACCACCGAGUGCGAAGGUAGUGAAGGAAGAGCUGUAUUAUAUGAUGAAUUUCUCAGAGGUCUUCAAGCAAUCCAACCAGCUUUGUAAAGUUUCUCCGGAUGGGAAAUAUUUGGCUACCUGUGUGCAGUACAGACUGGUGGUGCGGGACAUGAGCACCCUGCAGAUUCUACAGCUCUACACUUGUCUGGACCAGAUAUCCCAUAUGGAAUGGUCUUCAGACUCUCUCUUAAUCCUCUGUGCUAUGUACAAGAGAGGAAUUGUACAGGUGUGGUCUCUAGAACAGCCGGACUGGCACUGUAAGAUUGAUGAAGGCUCGAUAGGGCUACUCUCCUCUCGCUGGAGUCCAGAUGGACGUCACAUUCUCAACACCACUGAGUUCCAUUUGAGAGUCACCGUCUGGUCCCUGUGCACUAAAGCAGUGUCUUUCAUCAAGUAUCCCAAAGCAUGCCAGAAGGGUAUAGAUUUCAGCAGAGAUGGCUGCUACAUGGCUUUGGCUGAGCGUCGAGACUGCAAAGACUACAUUAGUGUAUUUGUAUGCGAUGACUGGCAUUUACUAAGGCAUUUUGAGACUGAGACACAAGACCUUGCAGGGCUGGAGUGGUCCCCCAAUGGUUGUGUCCUGGCAGUGUGGGAUAGUUGUCUGGAGUACAAGGUGUUGAUGUACUCCUUAGACGGCCGGUUGCUGUCAACCUACAGCGCCUAUGAGUGGUCACUGGGUGUGAAGUCUGUGACCUGGAGCCCAAGCAGUCAGCUUCUGGCUAUUGGCAGCUAUGAUGAAAAAGUCCGCAUCCUCAACCAUAUCACUUGGAAGAAAAUCAUGCAGUUUGAGCACCCAGCAACCAUCAACAACACAAAGGCUGUUGUGUAUAAGGAAGUGGAGAGAAGACCAGCUGUUGGAAGUGAUGACCUGUCGCUACACAACAUUUCAAUUGGCACCACCCUCUUCAACACCCAGAGCAAAUACGAGAUCUGCCCACCGCCAGUUCAAAUUUCUGUGACCAAACCAGAUGCGGACCGAGCCAACCCAAAGAUUGGUGUGGCUGCUUUGUCAUUCAGCUCAAACAGUCGCUAUUUAGCCACCAAAAAUGACAACAUGGCCAGUGCUGUCUGGGUGUGGGACAUGCAGAAGAUGACCCUGGAGGCUGUGCUCGAGCAGUCAUCAGCUGUGCGUUGCUUUCAGUGGGACCCACGGCGCCCCCGGCUGGCUCUGUGUACUGGCAACUCCAAACUCUAUCUGUGGUCCCCUGCAGGCUGCGUUUCUGUCCAAGUCCCCACUGAAGGUGGUUUCCAGGUCCACUCACUAACCUGGCACUGCAGUGGAGACUCUCUGAUCCUGCUUUCCAAGGAGCAGCUAUGUUUGUGCUACAUGGAUACUGAACAAGAGGAAAAGUGACACUCACAAAUACACAGGUCUUGUGGAAAACAAACAACUGGAUUAUUAUUCAGUUGUUUUUUUUCAUAUCCACUUAGUGUUGAGUACAUGAAUGUGAUGACCAAGAGACUGGUCCGAGCACUCCUCCUGAAAGAUCUCAACCUUUUCAUGCUGAACUGAAAGUGUUCAUAAAGGUGUUUAUGGAGCGCUCAGUGCUGGUCACUGGGAUGUUCCAAAAAACAUAUGGACAGCACUUAUUCCUCCUAAAGGGCAAAUAAUGGACAAAUAUCACAUUUUCAAUAGUAAAAUGAACAAUUUAGCUGUAGUUCCAAACACUGUGAAAAGAUAGUUUACAAGGUAUCCUUGGUAAUAUUUAUGUUCUUUUAAUAUCAAGUGUUUUUAGUUUCUAUUGUGUAAUUAUUUUGAAUAAAUUUUGUUUAAUGAAGUAA